AGUACGGACUUGGAAGGAUCCAGCACCUGAAUUGGGACACACCCUCGGCCUGCAUAUGGCUCCUCCUCCUUCCUGUAUAUUGACCAAUAGGAGAGGAGCUGGAGAGAAGAAGGCAGCCCUCCUGAUUUGCAUAAUGAUGCAGAAAUGCAUACAGUAAACAAAAAAGAGAGAUGAGGAAACGUAAAAAGAACAAAGGCAUGUGUAAGGAAAAGGAAAUACAAAAUAUAUAUAUUUCUGCUUUUAUUUUGAAUUUUGUCAGGAUCGGUCCUCCAUAUACACCGGGCCCCAUUCAUCCAAGAACCGCUACUGUGCACACUCAGCAUAAUUUCUGUAUGCAGGUCGGACAACGUUUUUCAGAGUUUUCACUGAUCCAUGAGGUUUACAAUAAUGAGGUGCUUCUGCUCUCUGAGUUACGGUAAUCGCCCUCUUACUACCAGGAAGGACGACCAUUGUGUAGUCUCGUUUUCAGGGCUAAGACGCACAGCUACCGACCGUGUAGUGUUGUUUUCCAACGCAUUUCCCAUUAAAACAUGUCCUUAGACAUGCCAGCGGCGCUCGGGUGCCGGAACAUGGAGUCGCAGCUUCUGUCCAUCAUGAACGUGUUGGUGAAAGCUGCUGUAGCGGAGAUCGUCCAGCUCUUCUCGGAGAACUCCGAGUCUCUGCAGCUGCAUCUGAGCCAGAGCCAGAAUGAAAACGAAAACCUGAGGACGAGGAUGAAGGUGAUGAGAAGUGAGCUGUUCUCCCUGAAGCUCCAAAUCAGGACGAACCGACCGGCGAGCCGCUUCUCCGCCUUUAGGGGGAAUAUAACCAAACCUCGGCCAAAACCGCAGGUGUUCAUAAAGCCAGCAGGCACUGAAAAAGAUGUUGUUGAAGCUGCUUCCACCUCUGCUCAAUCCCAAGGCAAGACUUCAUUCUCCACUAUCCAAUUGCAGUGUGCUGAUGUGGACAGUCCAGAGGUCAUUCUGAUUAAAGAUGAGGACGAUGUUAUAGGAUCUGGGUCAGUCAUUGGUGAGGAUAACUCCGGAGAUGAUUGCAUGCAGGUUGCAGGAAAUCGGCACUUAGACUCAUCUGGCUCCUCCUGCAUGAUGGAUAAUAACAAGGAGCUGAGAAUCGUGAGUGUUCACAGCGGAGGAGAAGCGCCUCUGCAGGAGGGCAGUGACAUCCUCUUCUCUGCCUCUGAACUUCAGGUUUUGAGCUCUCUGUCUGACCACAGCUCGGAUGCCCGAGCAUCAAUAGGAGUGAUGCAGGAGAACAAUACUGAAGUGGUGAGAAAUGUCCAACUUGAAAGGGAUCCUUCCACUCAGAGGGCUUUAACAGCAGGGCACCAAGCAUUUAAGUCCCCUGGAGCUGGGGCAAACGGACAGCCCAACCACAUCAGCCAGUUCUCCCAACAGCAGAAUGUCCUCCCCAGCCCGAUCAACAAACCCCUGGACUGUGGCUUCUGCGGCGAGCGAUUCCACAGUCGCGAGGACCUCAUUGUUCACCGUGCCGGUCACACCGGCGAGUCGCCUAUGCCUUGCUCCUUGUGCAGCAAGACUUUCGCGAACAAGACCACGCUGGCCAUCCACAUGCGAAUUCACACCGGCGAGAAGCCGUACGCCUGCUCGCAGUGUGGAAAACGCUUCACGCAAAAUGGCAGCCUGAAGAUCCACCUGAGGACCCAUUCUGGAGAAAAGCCAUACUCAUGCAAUCAGUGCACAGCCAACUUCAACAAUCCCAGCAACCUGCGCAGACACAUGAUCACGCACAAUAUACAUGAAGGGCUCUAAUCCUAAUUAAAUACAAGACUAACUGGGUUAACACAGCAUUUACACCUUUCAGUGUGGUGCUGUUGCUUCUUUCUGAAAUGUACGUUUUUAUGGAAAUGUAUUUAUCAGGAUGUAGAAUUUUGUUUUCUUUUACAACUUCCUGGAAACGCACAGCAGUGUUGUGUCAGAAAGUACCAUUUCCAUGUUUGAUGUGUGACCUGAAUAUAUUUCAGGUCAGGACAAGAUUAUUCUACAUUCUCAAAAACAUCUUGUCAAGGAGCAUUUAUUGGUGAAAUAGGAAAACUGAAGGAUGUACCCUACCAGAAAUAUUUAUCUGCCUUUUUUUUUUUUUUUUUUAAUGUGAGAGCAUUGUUAUUCAUUUUGAUUCAGGAAAGUCUGUAAAAUGAACACUAAAAAACAGUUUAGUAUUUUAUGUACAUUUAAACUGACUAUUUGGAACUUUUCAACAUACACUAUAUUGCCAAAAGUAUUGGGCCACAUCCAGCCAAUCAAUAAAUUGGGAUGUUACAAUCACUUCCAUGGCUGCAGGUGUAUAAAGUUUGGUGUGGAGAAAAUUGACUGGCCUGCAAAGAGUCCUGACCUCAACCUUUUUGAACACCUUUGGGAUGAAUUAGAAUUCUUGUUUUCUUAUCUAAUUAUAAACACACUCCUAAUCCUUGUGGAAGAUGUUUACAGAACAGUUAAAGUUGUUAUUGUUUGCAACUAUGGGUCCAUCAACAAACAAGACCUUAUAGGUUAAGAAUAGGAUGUCAAUAAAGUUCAUGUACAAGUAGACAGACAAAUACUUUUGGCAAUAUAGUGUAGUUUGGAGACAUUUGUUUUUCUUUUCAGAAUUUAUUUAAUCAAGAGUAGAACAUGAAACAGUACUAGCCUUUAAAAAGGAUAACUGUUCUGGUUAUUGGCCUUUAAAACAUGGGAGGGUUAGGUGAGUCAAAUAGGAUCCUUCAACAUGUAUUAAGCAGUUUUCUUACAUUGCAUAAUUGAUAGUAAAAAUAGACAGAGGAAGAAGGCAGUAUUGCCAGGAAAUGUUCUAUUGUUUAUGAAAAAAUGUUAUUUUCAUUUAUAAACAGCUCCACUGUUGUUGCUUAAUUUCCCAGGUUUUGUAUCUUCCAGAUAUUUUCAGACUUUUUUUAGAUUACCUUUUGUUAGAAUGUCUCUUUAUUCCAUCACGAAUUAAAAAUGUUCCACUUUG